UAACUUGUUUGUGGCUUGGAGUCUUCUGUAAACACGUGUUGAAGUCACAUGACAGCUGCUUUGAUCAUGUGACCAUUUGUUGUGGAGUUCACUCAUGACUCGUGUGAGAUCUUAUGAAUCAUUGAUUCAUGAGUCUGUGAUCAUGUGAAUCAUUUGUGUUCAGUGGUGUCAGGAGUCGACUCAUGUGAAUCAUUUGUGUUCAGUCUGUAAUCAGUUAUGCCUCUGUGAUCAGAGUCGUUUGUGCUCGGUUGUUUACGGUGAUCGGUGGCUGGUUGGGUUCAGUGAUGAUGAUGAUGAUGAUGAUGAUGAUGCUGAUGCUCGUCGCCGCUCUCGGUGGCUCUCUGUCGGUUCCGCCGCAUGAGCAGGUGGCUCGGAUGGCCCGGUUCGUGGUCAAUAAGUGCGAAUGGGCUUCGAUGGCCACGAUCUCCACUCACGAUCCGGUCCGAGGACAGCCGUUCUCCAACGCCUUCUCCAUCAGCGACGGGCCCGCGGGCAACGGAACCGGAACCCCGUACCUGUUCCUCACACACCUGGAGAUCUCGGUGCAGGACCUGCAGGUGAAUCCCCAGUCGUCUCUGUCCGUGUCUCUGGCUCAGACCAGCUACUGUAAGAAUCACGGAUUCGAUCCUCAGAGUCCACUGUGCGCCCACAUCAUCCUGUCGGGCUCCGUGGUGGAGGUGAACGGCAGCGAGGCAUCGGUGGCUAAAGCCGCUCUGUUCAGUAGACACCCAGAGAUGAUCGACUGGCCCACCGACCACAACUGGUUCUUCGCCAAGAUGAACAUCACACAGGUCUGGGUGCUCGAUUACUUCGGCGGAGUGAAAACCGUCACGCCAGAGGAGUAUUACCGAGCCACUCCGUACCGGAAACACAGCGGAAGUGACACGCUGUAAUCCUGGUGAACCGAAUCAGAAUCACUGAUGGAGUGUUUCAGAAGAGACUCGGAUUUAUGAAUGUUUCUCAGGUUGAUUGUGUGUGUGUGUGUGUGUUAAUCACAUGUUGUUAAUUUCUCCAGAACAUUAAUGCAGCAUGAUGUGUCAAUUCCGAAUGAUUUUUGCAGUUUGCACAAGCGCUUUCAUUCGACCCUUCACAGAUUCACACCAAAUGCAGAUUGAAAUCUUAAGAGAGCCUCGUGAGAUUCACGCGUGUCACUCAUAGAUGUUCAAUUUGGCGUCCUUGCCCCUAACCUUUGACCUCUGACCCCUGUAGCAGGAAAUGUGAAUGUGAAGUUUUUGGGUUGUGGCUAGAAGGGAUACAGCUCCGACCGGAAACGAUCAAUGAAAUUUCAUUUUCUACAUAUUAGAUUGUGUUUUAUUAAUGUCUACACCUCCCCCAACCCUAAACCUACCCCUUACAAUAAUGAAAAUAUUGUGUGGCAGAAAUGACGCUGGUUUGAUGUGAAGUUUUUGCUCAUUUUGCUUGUAUUUUACAGUUGAUCUGUAAUUUUACGCUCAUCUGACGUCUUCCAGGCCUAUAAAAUCACACAGACGCCAGUCAAAGGAUAUUUACUCAGAGUGAUUGUUUUUCUAACGCUCGUGUGUAUUUUUAAUAAGGAUUUUUUUUGUCAUGAUGCAGUGAAAUAAAGAGCUGAUCUUUGA